AUGGCGUCGGCUCUGAACAAACGCCAGCAGGCGCGUAAUGAGCGUGCGCUGCAGGAUCUCAUCAAGACGGUCCCUGGAAACGGGACAUGCGCCGACUGUGGCGCGCGGAAUCCAGGAUGGGCAAGCUGGAGUCUGGGCAUCUUCCUGUGCAUGCGAUGCGCGGCCCUACAUCGGAAACUGGGAACGCACAUCUCCAAGGUCAAGUCCUUGAGUAUGGACAAGUGGGACAAUGCGCAAGUAGACAACAUGAAGCGCAUUGGCAAUCUCGAGUCGAACAAGACGUAUAAUCCGCGCAACGUCAAGCCCUCCAUACCCAUCGAUAUCGACGAAGUAGACAGUGCCAUGGAGAGAUACAUACGGGCAAAAUACGAGCAGAGAAUCUACUUGGAUGCUUCGCGACCGGGCACGCGACAGAACACAGGCAGCACGAGCUCUGAGGACCGGCCACCGCCAUUACCGCCGAAGCCCACCGGCCGCUUUGGAUUUGGAUUGCGAAAGGCCUCCACGACACGCGAUCUCACUCCUCCGCUGUCACCAGGUCUGGGAGGGUUCAGCCAACACGACCAGUCGCCGCCACGCAUCAACAAGCCUUCUAGGGUGUUCGGCUCUAACAUACACACUUCUGGUGAUGGCUUGGACUCGAAACUUACAACUCUCCGGGAUAUGGGCUUCCCAGACGAUAAGCGCAACGCCACGGUGUUGAAGGGGCUGAAUGGGAAUCUGGACCGGGCAGUGGAGGCGUUGAUUCGACUUGGAGAGCAGGAUCCUGGCAGAUCGAGAGGAAGCACACCGACACCGGCCUCGCAGCCUGCGUCCAAUGGCAUUUCGUUCGACACAAUCAGCACCGCACCCCCUACCGCGUCUUCUACGAACCCGUUCGAUGCGUUAGACGCUCCCGCGCAGGCUCCUCAACAGCAACCCCAACUCGCUCCUCUUCAGACUCAACAAACGUCCUACAAUCCAUUUCUACAACAAGCUCCCCAGGGAUAUGCUCAGCAACAGGCCUCUCAAGGAUACGUCCAGCAACAGGUGCCCCAGCAACAGCAGCAGCAGCAAAACUUCGGCUAUCAACAAAACCCAUGGGAUCAACAGCAGCAAAGCCUCGAACAGACGUUUCAAGGCAUGCAGAUAUCGCAACAGCAACCUCAACAACCCUUAUUCCCGAACCGAACUGGAGGCUACGCUGACUCAACACCCUCGUCUUUCGCCCAAACGAACCCGUACAACCAGUCGUUUACUCCGCCACCGAUGCCGCAAAUACCCGAACAAUACAGCGCCUUCUUCGCACCGCAACAGCCACAGUAUCAGUCCAUGUCCAAUCCCUCGAGCCCAGGAAAUCCGUUUUUGAGAUCGUCGAAAAGCCAAAUGUUUACACCGACCAAUCUGGCAAGUUCGAAUCCGUUUGGGCAGCCAACGAUGCAACAGCAACAGCAACAGAUGUCUCAGCCGAUGUCUGCUCCGCCGCAGCAGCAGAUGCCGAACCCUUGGUCGCAGCAAAUGCAACAACAACAGAAGCAGCAGCAGCAGCAGCAGCAACAACAGCUACAACAACAGCAACAGCCGCAGUAUAACCACGUCUCAACUCCCCAAUCGGCGAACCCGUGGCAGACCCAACAAUCAGGCUUCCAAAACCAGGAUCCACAACAGAAUUAUCAGAACCAGCAGCAGAGCUUCCAGAACCAACAGGCACUAUACCAACAGCAAAGCUCCAAUCCCUUCGACAAGAACGCUUCGAUUCUUUCGCUAUACAAUCAGCCUCAGCAGGCUCCUCAGCAAGCGCCGCAGCAACAAACUCAACCAACAGCUGUGCAAGCUUCAACGCCUGCGGCACAAGUACCUGGACGCGCGAACCCGUUCGGUAACAUGACCGGCGCACCACAAGGGCAAGCACUAUCCGCCGCACAAACCCCCGGCCUGAGACAUGUCAGCAACGAGAGCGUGGACUUUUCUGGAUUAAUGAGUGGACGGCAUUCCCCUGACGCAUUCGCCGGCCUAAGUUCGAGCUUCAGGCGGUAG